GACCUCGUUCUCUCGUUCUCGUCGUGGCAUCACGGAUCUUUCGUGCGAUCUUGGCUGAAGCUUUCGCGUAUCGGUCCAAUAAUCGAAACGUACGUACGCGUUAACGGUACGCGAAACUUUUCUAUACUACGUUCAUUCGCCACUGGAACACUGUUUCUGAUACGCCGACUACAUAGAAUAUCUACAAGAACAUUGAAAGGUUGCCGAUCUCGCUCGGUUCUCGAUCGAUUCUCGAUCGAUCGUUCUUCCGUCGGAAAAGAAACGGAAUCGCGAAUGAGAAAGUGGGUGAAAAUCGGAAGAUCGAAGAUAAUGGAGAGGGUGGGAAUAGCGUCGGUGUGACGUCGAAAUAUCGAAGAGGAGGCAGAAAAAGAAGAUUCGAUUGUCAGGGAGAAGAAGAAAGGGUAGGGUUGACCAGGAAUGGCUACACCGCCGGACUCGCCGGGACCGGAAGAGGCACUUUUCGACUUCGAGAGCUCGAGAACCAGGCAACAGACCGCCAGACCAGUCGCUCUCGAGGAACUUCUUCGACAGACCAAGUUCUCUAGACAGGAAAUACGAGUGAUGUACCGUGGUUUCAAGCAGGAGUGUCCAGAGGGUGUAGUGCACGAGGACUCGUUCAAGGAUAUCUAUGCGAAAUUCUUCCCGCAUGGCAACUCCAGCCUCUACGCCCAUUACGUGUUCAAGGCCUUUGACGUUAACUGCAACGGUGCCAUCAGCUUCAGGGAUCUUCUGGUCACUUUAUCGACGUUGUUACGAGGUAGCAUCUACGAGAAGCUGCGAUGGACGUUCAAGCUGUACGACAUAAACGGCGAUGGAUGCAUCACCAGAGGUGAACUAGGGGAAGUGGUGACGGCCGUUCACGAGCUCAUGGGUCGACGACAUCAUGCCGAAGAAGAGAGAAAAGCGAGGGAGCAGUUGGAUAGGGUGUUCAAGAAGCUCGAUCUAAACCAGGAUGGUGUAAUAACGAUCGAGGAGUUUAUUGAAAGCUGCUUGAAGGAUGACGUGAUUACGCGGUCGUUGGCAAUGUUCGACUGCGCGCUUUGAUCUCCGGCUAAGGAAGAGCCUCCGGUAGUGACCACGACGCCGCCCACACCGCUCUCUACCACGACUACAUUUUCGCAGUCCCAAUCACCCUCGCCACCGCCACCGUCUUACUCUCUGCUGCCACCGAUUCCACCACCUUUGCCUUCUCAACCACCUCCAGGUUACACGGUUCAGGAUCAAGAGCUGUACAUGCUUCUAGCGGCACAUUGGUGGAACCAACCGGAAGCUCCACUCUUUUGCUAAGGGAUAUGCGAUAAACUUCAUUUUCAAGAAGCGAGAGUCGAGGAUAAAGAAAAGAAAUAAAGAAAAUUAAAGAACGAAGAGAACGAACGUAUGUGGAAAUCUUGCGGGUUCAAGAGUUCAAUUAACGUGUUUCUUCGUCGUUGUCAGACGAACUAGCUACAGGUAUAUUUCUUCUUGCGGAAGAACUAUUUUACGCAUAAGCGAAUCUAAUUAAACGCUCAGGCUGUAAAUGGGAAUACAUUGUGUACUCCUUAAAGAGAAGAAGAAACGAUUUGUCAAUUGUGAAAUCGACUAUUCUGGUUGAACGUCUCGAAGAAUCGUCGUGUAAGAGUGAAGACUAACAGAUAAGGAAAAACGCAUCGUUAAAUUAAGGAAUCGUUGAAUCGAUUGGAAAAAGUACGUGGGAACGUCGAAAAAAAUAUUGCCGAAUAAGAGAUAUUGAAAAUCUGCGUAUUAAGAAGAAUCAUUGAUUUUAUUUGACUUCCGUGCCAAACUCCUGUUGAAACUGUCGCAUUUCGUUCGCAAGGGACAAUAGAUGCGCGAAUUGACCAGGAACUUUCUAUUUAAUUAAGAGAUACGAUUCUAUCUAAGAAAAAAAUAUCGAGAACGAUAUAUAGAGGAAGGGUCACGCACGACCCGAAGAAAUAAACUAUGCACAGGGUGUCGUUAAACGUCUCGGGAAGAAAAAUCAGUUUCCGUGCUCGUCGUUCAGGCGAAUGCGAAAUUAAUUGUUAAGAUUAUACUGUGGUCGAAUAAACGGCGGAAGGAGGAUCAUUUCUGUAACGUUUAUCGAAGAAACACCAAAUUGCAAUAAUUAACUUGUAACUUAAACGAACAAACGAUUUCGCUAAAAACGAAAAAAAAAAAAUUAAUUAAAGAUCGUCGAUUCGACUGGAUGUUACCAUAAACUUAACUAACUUUUCUUUAUUUCAAAAAUUUCUAUUAUUUUUCAAUUAUAUCACUAGUUAUACUUUAAUAUCGUUUCACAAUUGUUUGUGUUUGCCGUUCUGCACACAAUUCAGAUAUACUUUGCGAUUCUGUUUACAAUUUUAUAAUUCUGGCAUCUGAGAAUUACCUGAAAUUAAUUAACACACACACUCGACACUCGAACAUUCGUUGAUUCAUAAACUUAAGUACACUAUUUAACGUAGCAAACAACUGGCAAGCGAUAGUUACCUCGAGAACAGCCAGAAAUUGUUAAGUGAUAUCCUUUUUAAUUAGAUCCAAUUCCAUUCGAGAUCAUGAAUGGAAUUAGAAUUAGUGCUGCAAACUUAAAUAAUAGAGAAAUUUAGCGUAAGAAAAAUUUGUUAAUCGUUAUCGUCUCCUCGUAGCGGUCUGUCACUUGUUAAUCGAUAAAACUUUUUCGCCAUGUUGUUUGAACUGGAAUCGAAGGUGUAUGGUUGCUAUAAACGUUCCUACAACAACUAUUGAACGCGUUGUCUGCUACAACAGCUAUUCGUGACUUUGAUAUGUAACUUUUUACAUCGGCAUUCUUUCCUCUAUGUCUACUUAAUGUAUUAUCAUUUCAAAAUUAAUAGUUUCGUGGUAUGUAUCAUAAAAAUGAACGGCAGUCAACUUAUGCAAUCGCGAAACAGUACAUGUUCAAUCACGUUCUAAAGAAAAAAUGAAAAAUUACAUUGAAAUAUUUAAUUACGUAUUACCUCGAUAACUGCAUAAACUUUCUUAUUAACCUUCUCAAUUAUCGAGGUUCUGUUAUUUUAUACUUGAACAUUAACAAAUUCGAAUACUUUCGAAUUUUCCUAGGAACUAUUCGACUUCCGGCAAGGGCAAUAAAAUGCUGAUGAAAGAUUCAGGUUUCUGGUUACGCCAUGUGUGUACAUUAUAUUUGAUCUACUGUUAAACGAUUUUUACAUAUUUUCUAUGAAAACAAAUUAA